AUGGCGUACAAUGGCUACAACGGCUUCAACGAAGAUGUCAUGGACGGCGUCGAAACCUCGGGCCCUAAAGUGACCGUCAGAGAAGUCGAACAAGAUCGUUGUGACUUUGUCCUCCAAUCAUGCUCUCUUGCUCUCGCCAACUCCCUCCGUCGAGCCAUUCUCGCCGAAAUACCUACCAUCUCCAUCGACCUGAUCGACAUCAAUACAAAUUCCUCCGUUCUUCCGGACGAAUAUCUUGCACAUAGACUCGGAAUGGUACCCCUCAACAGCAAGGGAGUGGACGAAGCCCUGAAUUACCAGAGAGAUUGCGAUCGAUGCACAGAUCACUGCGAGUACUGCUCCGUCGUUUUGCGCCUCCACGCCCGAUGCACCAAGCCUGGCACUAUGAUGGUCUACGCUCGUGAUCUGAUUGUCUCCAAUCCUCAUCAAGAUGGUAUCGGCAUGCCAGUCACUCGUGAUGCUAACGGCACCGGACCACUCAUUGCCAAGCUGAGACAAGGUCAAGAGAUCCAGCUGGAAUGCAUUGCAAGGAAGGGGAUCGCCAAAGAGCAUGCGAAGUGGGCCCCAACUGCCGCUGUUGGAUUUGAAUACGACCCAAACAACAAGUUGCGACACGUGGAUUACUGGUACGAAACUGACGCAAAAGAAGAGUGGCCGGUCGAUGAGCGUAACGCCACGUGGGAGGGGGAUGACUCUGCCGCCGAUGCCGCUUUCGAUCCUGACGCCGUUCCCAGUGCCUUCUUCUUCGAUGUUGAAGGCGUUGGCACUCUCGAACCCGACGACAUUGUACGUGGAGGAAUCGAGGUCAUCCAGAAGAAGCUUGCCGAGACCAUCAAAGCAUUGGGAGGGGCAGAGGUGGCUGGUGUCGACGGGAUGAAUGGUGUGCAGAGCCCUGAUGGAUAUGAACCUGCACCGGCAAAUGGAGAAUAUACAUCAUAUGGUGGUCUUCGAGGAGGCGCAACUCCCUAUGGGGCGACUCCAUAUGGUGCCGGUGGGUAUGGGUCAUACUAG